AUGGAAAAUAAAGAAGAUUUCGCAGGGACGUUUUAUAGUAAUUUAAGAUCGCUGAUUACGCUUGUAGAUCAUUUAAGAGAUGCAGGGCUUCAAAAAUACAUAAAACUGCCGAGAAUAGUGACAUUGGGACUUCAGAGCAGCGGGAAAAGCUCAGUUCUUGAGUCUAUUGUAGGGCUGAAUUUUUUGCCGAGAAGUGAAGGAGUUUGUACAAGGCGGCCGUUAGAGCUGAGGCUGGUCCACGAAGAAACCCAAACGCAGCCAUGGGCCAUUUUUGAAGGAAAUUCGAAUAAAUAUACUGAGUUUGAAAAAGUCAGAGAACAGAUUGAAAGGUUAACGGACGAUAGAGCUGGAAGAAAUAAAGGUAUUGUAGACGACCCUAUUAUACUCACAAUCCACUCUUCUACUUGUCCGGAUCUUACCUUAAUCGAUCUCCCAGGAAUCACCAGAAUUCCUUUAAAAAAUAGCGAUCAGCCUGCAGAUAUCGAAAGAAUUACUAACUCCCCCCUCCGUGAGUGAACAAAAAAAUUUUGUUCACUCACGGAGGGGGGUUAAUUUUGUUUUUUAAAAAAAAUUUAUAUAUAAAUUUUAUAAAAAAUGUUUUUUGUCGAAAUUUAAAAAAAUCCUAAUUCGCAAAAAUUGGAAAGCAAAUAUUAAUUUAAUUUAUAAAAUUUAUGUUUUAAAAAGCAAUUCGUUUGAAAUUAAACAGAAUUGGCUCUAGAUUUCAUUAUACUAAUUAUCAUUAAUAUAUCAAAUUUUUUUUCCAUAAAAAUUUUUCGAUUAAAAAAAUUUUUGUUCACUCACGGAGGUUGGGUUUUUAGGCAAAAAAUAGGGAUUUUUCUAAUGAUUUUGUUCACUCACGGAGGGGGGGGAGUAAAGAAAUGGCUUAUAGGUACAUCUCAGACCCAAGGACUAUUAUUUUGUGUGUAAUUGCUGCCAAUACUGAUAUCAGCACAAGUGAAUCACUAUUAAUGGCAAAUAAAGUUGAUAAGGCUGGGAUCAGAACUUUAGGGGUCAUCACCAAAAUUGAUAUCAUGGACAGAGGCACAAACGCGAAAAAAGUGAUUAUGGGACAAGAAGUCACAUUAAGACUAGGCUUUAUAGGUGUAAAAAACAGAUCCCAAGAAGACAUUAACAAUAACGUCAAAGUUGGUGCUGCUUUAAGAGAGGAGCAAGAAUACUUUGCACAGCACCCUGUAUAUUCAACUAUGCCGCCUGGAUAUCUCGGCACAGACGUCCUUACUCAGCGGCUAACCCAAAUUUUAUUUAACCAUAUAAAACAUUUUUUACCAGAAAUUCUAAAAGAAACAAUGUACAGGAUCAAGGACUGUGAUGAAAGAUCAAAAGAUCUUGGUCCAAGUACCCCAGUUGAGCCAAAACAAAAAACCCAAAUGCUAUGGAAUAUGAUCACAGACUAUUGUGAGACUUUUAAAAAUACAAUUAGAGGCAAAUUCGAAAGGAGGGGGAACUCAAGAAUUGCUAAAGACUUGGCUGGAGGGGUAACGAUAAAACAUUAUUUUAAUACCCUGCUAGAGGAUUAUUCUGGGAAUUAUAAUGCUACAGAGGAUUAUAGUAAUGAAGAAAUUCAAAGAAUUAUGGCCCAGCAUGAAGGGGAUAAUAUCCCUGGAUUUCCAUCUGUAGAUGUCCUGCUGUUUUUAUUGCAUCCACAGCUGGAAAGGCUGAAAGGGCCUGUUUUGGACUGUUUAAAUGACGUGCAUUCCUAUUUAGACCAGCUUUCGAGGAAAAUUAUUGAAAGGGUUUUUUAUAGGUUUCCAUCGUUGGUAGCAGAAAUUGGGGAUAUUUCGUCUCAUGUUUUAAUUAAAGAAAGAGAAAACUGCAAGACUAUUGUUGAGGAGCUGGUGGAUGCUGAGGAAGGAUAUAUUUUUACUAAUGAUGUGGAGUAUUUAGCAAAAAGGACGGAUUUGAUACCGAAAAGUGAUAAUAAAGUCCCAAAAACCGCAGAAAGUCUAUUUGUGGACGAAAUCAGGAGCAGAAUUGAUACUUAUUUUAGAAUUGUGGUAAGAAAUGUAAGAGAUACAGUGCCAAAGAUCAUUGGAUAUUUCUUACUCCUUAUAGGAUUUUUUUAAUUAUUUCUGCUAAAAAAUCAAAAAAUAAUAAAUAAUUAAGCUGGCAAAAUAGUAAGAUCAGUUAUGGAUAAAAUGCAAAUGCAGCUUUAUGAAAGCAUUAAUAGAAGUGAAACAGUGCUAAAUUUAUUGAGUGAGCCUGCACAUAUUUCAACUGAAAGAGAAAACAUCAGAAAGCAGCUUUCAACAUUAAGAAAAGCAGAGAAAAUCCUAAAGCAUGACCCAAAUCUUGCUUUGCAAGCAAAUUCAAUUGAAGAUGAAAUCAGUAAGAUUGAAAGCGAAGCGAGCGAAAGUGGGACUGCAAAGAAAAAGGCAGACGAAGACAGCACGAUAGGCCAAAGGCCAAGCAAAACACCGCCGAAAGGAAUCUUUUAA